GUGGCGCGGGGGGCGGAAGAGCUUGUUUGUGUUUUGGUUCUAAGGGGAAGUUGCGAGAAGAAAGAAAGGAGGAGACGUGACGGGAUUGUUGAAAUUAUUUUCUUGGUUCCCCAACACCACCCCACCACCGUGUCCCGGGUUCCGUGUGUAAAUACUACAGCGGUGGUCUUUAAAGUCCCAAACAUCGUCUGGCUCUCAGCACAAGUCCUGAUAGUGAGGCACACAGGACACCAGGGGAUCUGACUAGGUCAUGGCCAAUCGGGGAGGAGCUACGAGACCCAAUGGACCCAAUGCAGGGAACAAGAUCUGUCAGUUUAAGCUGGUGCUGCUGGGGGAGUCAGCCGUUGGGAAGUCCAGCUUAGUGCUCCGCUUCGUCAAGGGUCAGUUCCACGAAUUCCAGGAGAGCACAAUAGGAGCGGCCUUUCUCACCCAGACAGUGUGUCUAGAUGACACAACAGUGAAAUUUGAAAUCUGGGACACUGCAGGUCAGGAGCGUUACCACAGUUUGGCCCCCAUGUAUUACAGAGGAGCACAGGCCGCCAUUGUGGUCUACGACAUCACAAACGAGGAGUCUUUUGCACGGGCAAAGAACUGGGUGAAGGAGCUGCAAAGACAAGCUAGCCCUAAUAUAGUCAUUGCUCUGUCAGGCAACAAGGCUGACCUAGCCAGCAAGAGAGCUGUCGACUUUCAGGAUGCCCAGUCCUACGCAGAUGACAACAGCUUACUUUUCAUGGAGACGUCGGCCAAGACAUCUAUGAAUGUGAAUGAGAUAUUUAUGGCUAUUGCAAAGAGAUUGCCGAAGAGUGAGCCUCAGGCUCCUGGACCCAAUAGUGGUCGGAACCGGGGAGUGGACCUGACAGAAGCUGCCCAACCAGCCAAGGCUCCAUGCUGCAGUAACUAACGUGAAGAACGCCUUCCCCCCCCAACCAACUUGUAUAGCAGUAACUAAUGUGGCUGAUAACCCGAAUGCCACUGCAGUUACUAAUGCAAUGUGUUGUACUCUUAUCUCCAAUUCUCUCAUUUGCAAAACAAGAAAAGAUGCCCUAUGCCCCCCUUCUUUCUUUUUGCAGUAAUGAAGUCAAUGCCAUUACACAGAUCUCUGCCUGAUUUCCUCCCUCACGGCUCUGCUGCUACCUGGUUAAGCCUCCUAACCAUUCUUUCCUACUUUCUGCCAUCCAGCUUGUUACAUCUAUCAGUUAAUAUUGAUAGAUUAAUGGUAGCAGAUACUAGAGACAUUAGUGCACCCUGCCUUCCAUCAUCUUCCUUCAAACGUGUAGAUAUGACUUUCAUUUAGAGGAAGUGGUCACUUCCCUUUUUCUGGGAUAGCUUUAGACCUAACUACUGCAUUUCUAAUACCAGUCUUGUUUUUGUUAAUUUUUUGAUAAUCUUGUUAAUUAUUCUUUGCUAUAAUUUUGUCAAAUUAUGGGUGCACAUACUUGUAUACUUACAUGGCCUAGAAUAGAAAAACAAAAAACGAUGUUUUACCUUUUGUCUGCAGUUGCACAGAAAAAUGUCUAUUGGAGAAGAGGAGUGUAUUCUUGUGAAUCUGAGAAAGGGGAACGGCGGAGGGCAGAGAGCGCGAGAGAGAGAGAGCGAAAGAGCGUAACUUUAAGCUCCACACCUCUCUUCCUUUUGUCUUAAAGUUUAAAAACAUUCAUGAACCGUAGUCCUUUUAGAUUCUCUCUCUGAUUCCCUCUGCUUGCCCAUGCUGUCCAUGUCCUUUCCUCCACGAAACCCAGAGUAGCACUAGUGUACAUUCUCUUCUACCACCCUAAGGCUCCAUUGUGGGGCCAUGCCUGCUUCUAGCUGUCCCUAGUGGCAUUGUGCAAUGUUUCACAGUAUUUACUCUGUGACCUAAGUGUCUGCAAGGACCAAUGCAGCACAGCAAAAAACCCCGUUCCACCCAGCUUUCUCCACAACAAGGCGCCUCUGAGGUACACACAAGUGUCACCACCUCUCCAUCUCCUGAUGCAGUGUCCUUUCAUUAACCUUGUAUAGACCACCCCUUUGUGGUCAUACUUGGGCCUCAUGGUUUAUGUCUUUGGAGGAUUUAGUUGAUGCAGAUGACGUUUCCCAUUGCGUUAAUGUUACGAGACCAUUGCUGGGUUUGCACCUGAUGGAAAAGCAGCAGUGAUGGUAGUGAGUUGGGAGUUGCAAUAUGUAAGGCUGCUUCAUAAUCACCUUUUGAAUCAUAAUUAUUUGUCAUCUUCUCUUGAUUGCGGGCUGGCUGGCUGGCUGAUGACAGAUUUCAUCCAUAGACUCACUCACACGUGCCCAUUUAUGUGCGUGCGUGUGUGUUUGAACACAUUUGCACAUGAACACACACAUUUGCACAUGAACCCAUACAUUGCAUUGACUUUUUCCCCCUCUGAACCCUCUCAGACCUAAACAUCAUUGUACAUAAACACACAGUCUGUUACACCUUUUUCCCAUCCCACCACUUAACAUUGUUACAUGCAGUGACACACACACACACACACACACAUACAGUACAUAUGGUCAAUAACUCUUUUUACAGAUCUGUCUUACUCAUGCCUUGCACUAAUGAUGCUCAUGAAUAUAUCUUGUCAUAAUUACAGCCAGUGUGAUAUAAAUAUAUAUAUAUAAAUAUAAAUAUAUAAAUAAUAUACUGUAAAUAGGGUGUUGCAGUGUAGUCUACCUUUUUUUCAAUUUACCAGUGACAGGACUAACGCUUGCUAGGGAGUUGUCUAGAUAAUCAUAAAAAGAACUGUACAGUUAGCAGAUACAACAGCUACAAUCUGGGUUUGGAGUUUUGUUGCUGUUCCUUUUUUUUUCACACAAAUGGUUAAAUUAUAAUCAGUGGUGGUCUUUAUAAAUGUAUGUAGUGUUAUUAACAAAAAAAAUGAAAUUGCAUUUAUUUAGUCUUCUGUCUUGUACCUUUUUGUCAAAAGAAAAACAAAGUAAUACCCAAACAUUUUGGUUUCUAUUUUUUAACAUCUCUUUCUUGCAUUUCACUAAUUCUUUUUUUUUUUUGUGGUAUCAGGCUACGAUGCCUUGUCCAGUACUCCUCCCUGUAAGUAGACCUGAAUUUCCAGAGACACUGGUUGUAAAAAGCUCCAGAGGAGUCAGACACAAUACACACACUUUGAUUAACCAACAGUCUGUCCCUCCAUAACAUCUCAGUAACAUUGUGAAGAUAUUGUAGGAACAGUGUAACAACUAUCAGCUGGCACGAUGGUGAUUCAUGAAUAAAUGAAUUAACACAUAAUAAGGAUGUAAAUUGUAUGUUUGGUUUUUUUUGCCGUGAACACUUAACUGCAGCCGAAAACAUUUAAAUGCAAGCAUUUUACAGUACUGUUAUGUAAUGACCAAAUAAAUACUGAAAUAAAUUUGAUCAUUUAUUUUA